AUGCGAGUACUAUCCGCAAUAGUUCUUACAUACUGCUUCGGCUGCGUCAUUCUGGAAAAUUUUGACAAUGAAUUCCCGCGCAGGCCACCAGUCAGGGACGGCAAGAUCAUCGUCGAAGGUUCAGAAAGUCAAGUUAUAUCUUCGACAAAGCUUCCACGUGGGAUUUCAACCGAGAGGGGCGGUACGAGAGAAAGUUAUAACCGUCAGACUGGAACAAGUCAAACUGGAGAAAAGAUUGCUCAAGCUAUGUUGACGGAUACCCACGGUGUGAAUGGGAGGCAGAUUUCUACAUGGCAGCAUCAUCAAAGAGGUACACGGUCUCUUUUCCGCAUUAUUCCACAACACCACGUACGCAAGAAACGAAGGACACCGCUCCACUUACGCCGUAACCUUGCUGAGAGGAACUUUAUAAACACAGGCUCCGUCUCGCACGAGCGGCAGACGGCUUGCGAGAGAUGCACAACGACUGAAACUGCACUUUAUCACAGAACGCGGGUGAAAAAAGGCAAUAAAGAUUCACCACCUUUGAACAACGACCGUUUCGCACGGAGAAAUGAUCCGGAAUACGAGGAGGAUACCCAUGUAGACAAGGAAGAGACGGAGAAUGACAUGAGCGACUGGGACGAAUGGACCGAAUGGAGCGAAUGCAGUACGAGUUGUGGCUGCGGGCGCCAAGUUCGAUGGCGUCACUGUAUCGGAAAGGAGUGUAUGGCCGGUCUUAAGAAGGCCCAAAUAAGGACGUGUCAUCUCAGGGACUGCAAUAGCAAGAGUUUGUUGACUUGGCUUGGAAUCAAAGCCUAAGUCAAAUUAGAGCUCGGAGAA